UACCCACGGUUCAGCGUGACAGAAAUACUGAGUACUGCCCCUGGUUGUGUAAACUGCCCACGGAUUCUGCUCUCAGAUUACCACUGUUACUGGAUGAAAAGAAACUGGAGGAAGCCUCACAAUCCCGCACGAGCACAUUCUUCUCUUGGGCAUCCGAGGCGUUAGGACCCUGCAGGUGACACUCCCGGGAUUUUCGGAUGUGUCAUGACGUCACCGCACUAAGGAGGCGAGCCGCCGAGUCGCUCCGCCGCCGCCGCCGCAGCAGCAGCAUCAGUCCUCAGGCAGCGAAACGCCAGCUGCCGCAUAGUCGCUUGCUUGUUGGCGCCCCUUUACCUCUUCGUCGGCGGAAGGCGUCAGCAAAGUGAUAUUGAAAUAUCACGCAAUACAGCGGAGCGGUGAUAUCAGCCGGCAUGGCUUCCUCCGCCAAUGGAGCGGAGGAAGUCCGCGGCUCCGUCCUCACGCCGCUGAAGUUGGUUGGGCUGGUGUGCAUCUUCCUCGCGCUGUGCCUGGUGAUCGGGGCCGUAUUGAGCCCCGCGUGGGUCACUGCAGAUAACCAGUACUACCUAUCUCUAUGGGACUCGUGCUGGAAACCCGCGGCCUCGGAUAAAUGGCAAUGCAGCAGCACGCUGGAGACAGACUGGCAGAUCGCCACUCUGGCCCUGUUGCUAGGCGGAGCUGGCCUCAUUCUUCUCUCGUUCCUGGUGGGCCUGGUGUCCGUGUGUAUCGGCUCCCGGAGACGUUUCUACAGACCUGUCGCUGUGAUGCUGUUCGCUGCAGUUGUUCUGCAAGUGUGUAGUCUAGUGCUCUACCCGAUCAAGUUCAUCGAGACGAUCAGCUUAAGGAUAUACCAUGAGUUCAACUGGGGUUAUGGCUUGGCUUGGGGAUCCACCAUCUUCUCCUUUGGCGGAGCCAUCCUGUACUGCUUGAAUCCCAAGAACUAUGAAGACUACUAUUAAAUAGCACCCCCCUGCACUCCCCCCACCUAAAAAAAACCCACCAUACACCCUGACUCUUCUCUACUCACCUGUAUUAUAUGGAUAAUCCAUACACUAAGCAGUGGGACUGAAGGAGAUCUUGUGCACACUGCCCCUCCCGUCAAACUGACAAUAACUUUUUAAAGUCUGAGUUCAUAAAACUGACCAUCCUACGACAGCUUACUGUUCUCAAUAUCAGUGAAAAAUGCUCAGUGGAAAUCUCUUUUAUGACAGUGUCUCCUCUUAUGUCGGCGGUUUUACUGCUAAUCACCCCCAAAGCGGCAAGGAAUUAAAUUCGACACUCAUUUUAAAGUAUUAAGUCACACUUUGGGUUUUGAUGCACUUUCUAUAGUUUGCCAGAUUUUACAGAUUGCUGCAUAACUUUCCCUCUGUAUGUUAUAAUCUGAUAUUGUGGAUACUAUGAAAUGAUUCUUUAUCACGGGCCCCUCACGGCAUCGCUGCUUGUGGGGGUGUCUUCACCAUCGCGACUUUUAAUUUGCUGGGUGAUAAGCCGAUAGAGAAUACCGUAGCCGGUGGGUUGUAGCUUUACGCAUGUAGUGCUGACGUGGACAUGCGGGUGCGGCAGGAGGCACAGCGACGGAGCCCUGUUUGGACAUGGCAGUGAAACACUGUGCUGAGAUGUACAUCCUGCGGGCCUACAAUCAAUCAGACAUGGCUGCAGGAUGGUGUUGCCGGCUGAACAUUAUAGAUCUGCUGGAAACAGCCUGCUGAUCACUGUCCUUACAUUAGCAACACACCUACAUGCGCGCACACACACACACACACACGCACACACAAUACCCCAACAGCAGUGGAUGGGAGUGGAUAACAGACGUGGAAAAGGUGUUGGUCAGUGGUCCAUCAUGAGAGUUCAAGUUCCAAAAUUCAGCCUGGAAGGGAAUUUUUUUUUCGUCUUAAGUUGUAUUUUUUAUUUUUUUUUAAAUGUUUAGCUACGCUGUUUCUUUAAACUGUAUUAUGGACUUUACUCCAGUCUUGCCACAGUCAUAUCAAUGUCAAUGUAUGUGCAUGUGCAUUCAGUGUGAACACCAGACAUCACUGCACCAGUGGCCAGACGGUAGGUCGCCCAGCGAAUCCCGCGAUUUCUUCUCUUUGAUAAGCCGAGGUUGCUUCGUGACUUAGGUAAAUGUGUUUUUACCAGUGUAUCUCUGCACUGUCAGUAGCAUAGCAGUGCUUUGACGUCACUGUAAAUACUGUAUUUUUAGAAGAUUAGGUUAAAGACGUUUUAAUAUGUUUAAUAUGUGCGUAGAUAUUUCCUCCAGUAGACACUGCAACACUGAGAAUUACAGAAGACCCUGUCACUUAGACUAAAUCGGCCUUAGAGAUGUAUUCUGGAAUGGAAAAUCACCAAAAUGGAUCCUCUAGAGGUCGUGAAUGUAACCAUUUCAAAGAUAACCAUUUCUACAGAGGCAUAUUACUGAGGAUUACUGAGAGCCGACAAGGGGAAAAUGCUGAAGAUGUGUUUCUGUGACAGAAAAUGCUCUUGCCUGGUUGCAUAAGCAGUAAUGAGUCCAAAUAACUGUAGCAACUCCCUUACAUGAGUUUCAGCCACAUCUUGUUUUGAAGGUAAAUUUGUCAGAAUCUGUCCCACUUUCUGGAUGUUUAACUGACAAGUGUGUUUAUCCUGUGAUGUGAGCUGAAUAUUUAACCAGGUGUUUCUGACCUGUUUUCCAAUUAAGCCAACGAAUGUAACUGGAAGGACUUAGAGAAUGUCACCGAGGAUCAGUGAAUUCUGUUCCUCAAAACACACGCAGACCUAUUGAGGUGCAUUGGUGUGCUUCUCAUCUCAGAUGGGCAUUUUUUUAAGGCUUAGUGAAAAUGUAGAAGAAUCCCUGUUUACUUGUUUAGCUGCACGCCCCAGAAAUGGCUCAGUUUCUCCUCGUUAGCGGAAGUCACCUCGUUUAGAUUAAUGCAAAAGUAAAGUGGUAAACAGUGUGUUUGUAUGCUGCAGGAAGGAUGCUAUGAAAGACUUGCUGAAUUAAAAAGAGGCAAAUGCCCCCAAUUCCUGUGUAAUUACAUAGCCUCGCUCAAGGGAGAGAACAAGGGAGUAGGCAGAGAGAGAGGGGGGGGUUUCACAGUAGACCACAUGUUGUGAAAUUAGCGAAACCACGGUGCAGACAGGACUGAUGUGUGUCUGGAGCUCACCUGUUUGUAUACUAACAUAAUAAACUGCAGAGAGCAACA